CAGGGCUGGCUGCCUGGGCGGAGGGGGGCGGGAAGGAGCCCGGGACGCGGCCACCGGGGCCACCGCAAGGGGUCAUGUUGGUCCGGUCACUAUCGUAUUUGUUCGUUCCCCACCCAUGGGGUGAGAGCAGAGUGGACCCACAUCAGAACUAGAGAAUGAAAAAACUGAGGUCCAGAGAAAUUAAGAGAGAAGCUUAUUACACAGUCAAAGCCUAAAGUAAGGCAACUCCAGCAGCUAGUGGGUGUACUGUGCACAGACUGUGUGCUCCGUCCGUGUGGACAAGAUUCAUUUGAGCUCCAUCAGUGAAGUCCAGGACCUGUUUGCAGACUCCUGUGCAGAAUUCUCCACUUGGCACUCCAGGCCCUGUACAGUCACGCCCUGAUCUUCCUCUCAAGCUUUGUUCCUCACUGCUUCCCAGGGCAAAGGGAAUGGUUUCAAUCAGUCAGUCAACAAGUGUUAUCUUAAGCACCUGUUGUGCGCUGGGCGUUGUGCUAGGUGCUAGACCAAAUAUAAAGAAUCAACAAUCCCUGCUCUCAGUGACCUUGCUGUUAUAAUGAGGGAGACAAUGGAGUAUAAUCUAAGUCGACUCAAAAUCUACAUGCAGUGAAUAAAUACCAGGUUCGAGGAUGGCGGCCCCAGAGGGGCAGAGCCAAGGGGCUGGGAAGCAUCCUGAGCCGGCGACGGCGGCAGAGCCACAUCUGUCCACAGGCAAGGAGCUGGAAGAAGCAAGCCGUUUUGCGUAUGCUGCUCUCUGCGGGAUGUCCCUGGCGUGGCUGUUUCCAGAACCAGAACAGAGCUCCUUUCGGAUGGAAUUUGUGGAAAGCUUAGUGAAAUGGCUGGAGUUACCAGAAACAGUCCUCCCCUCCAUGGUGGCCUUUGCUGAUGGCCUGGGAGGAGAAGAGGAGGCCACAUUUGCAGAAAUUUUAUUGAAGGAUCCAGUCUUGGAGAAUGAUCCACUAGUGAUUACACAGGAUCUUCUGACCUUCUCCCUCAGGAAUGGCUCCUAUGAUGCUCGAGCCAGGGUACUUGUGUGCCAUGUCACGUGGCUGCUGAAAAUAGCCCCAGAGGAGCUGGAGAACCUGGAAGAGAUGUUACUGGAAAGCCUGAAGGAGAGACGGGGAGAAGAGUCUGAAGCUGCUGAAGCUUUAAGAAAAAAGAGAGAAAAUCGGAAGAAAUGGAAGCGUUAUCUCCUAAUUGGCCUGGCCACUGUUGGAGGUGGGACAGCAAUAGGGGUGACAGGUGGUCUGGCUGCCCCCUUCAUGGCUGCUGGAGCAGCUGCUAUCAUUGGCACCACGGGCGCAGCUGCUUUGGGCUCUGUGGCAGGCAUUGCGGUCAUCACCUCCCUCUUUGGAGCUGCAGGAGCUGGUCUGACAGGCUACAAGAUGAAGAAGCGGGUGGGAGCCAUAGAAGAAUUUGAAUUCUUGCCCUUAAGGGACGGGAAACAGCUUCACAUAACUAUCGCCAUCACUGGCUGGCUCUGUUCCGGUAAAUACGGAAUGUUCACUACACCCUGGGCCAGCAUGGCCCGGAGCAGCGAGCAGUACUGCCUGGCCUGGGAAUCUAAGUACCUGAUGGAGCUUGGCAGCGCCCUGGAGACCCUGCUCAACAGCUUUGUGAACAUGAUGGCCCAAGAAGCCUUGAAAUAUACAAUCUUGUCCGGUAUCUUGACAGCGUUGACUUGGCCAUCUUCCCUCCUCGCCGUGGCCAAUGUCAUCGACAACCCCUGGGGGGUAUGUCUUCGCCGGUCCGCAGAGGUUGGCAAACACCUGGCCCACGUACUGCUCAGCCGUCAGCAGGGUAGACGACCUGUCACUUUGAUUGGCUUCAGCCUGGGAGCAAGAGUCAUUUACUUCUGUUUGCAAGAGAUGGCUCAGGAGAAAGAUUGCCAAGGGAUCAUCGAGGACGUUAUCCUUCUCGGAGCACCCGUGGAAGGAGAAGCCAAGUACUGGAAGCCGCUCAAGAAGGUGGUGUCUGGGAGGAUCAUCAAUGGCUACUCCAGGGGAGACUGGCUGCUGAGUUUUGUGUACCGAACGUCCUCUGUGCAGCUGAAAGUGGCCGGGCUCCAGCCUGUCACCCUGGAUGACAGGAAGAUGGUCAACAUGGACUUGUCAGCAGUGGUCAGUGGGCACCUGGACUAUAUGAAGAAAAUGGACACCAUCCUGAAGGCUGUGGGGAUUCGCACCAGAGAAGACAGUACUGGAGACAAGAUUUUCUCCAUCGCUCCCAACCUCCAGGGCAGAGAAGAGCUACAGCCAGAAGCCCCAGAGCCUCCAAAAGAGAAUGCAGCCACUGACCCCAGGGAGACCAUCCACCCCAGCUGCCAGACCCGGGACCCCACCUCCAGCCAUGAGCUUGCCCAGGACAGUAAAGUCACAGACCAUCCCAGGGUCUCCCCCGGGCCUGAACCCUGCCAGCCCCAGAGUCUAGACGAGGCCUGCCAUGCAGACUGCUCCACUAUCGGCAGCCACAUCCUAGGCCCAAACCCACUGGGCUGCCCAGACUGUGCCAACAAUAACAAGAUAGGCAGCCCCAAGCUCAACUGACCUGGGGAAAAUGGAAGAUACCACCAUUCCAGGAUUCUCCCUGGAACUCUCCUUUUAUUGUCCUUCCCUCUACCAUCUACUCCUGGCAGAGCCAGGGUGAGGGGUGGUGUUUGCUCCAAGGUGUUGGGUAUCAUGGAGCCAGAGAGAGUUUUGAAGAUCUUUGACUCUGGGAAAGCAAAAGUAAGUUCUCAAGGAACUGGAAGAUGAGGGGCUCAAAGAAAUGAGAGCUUGUCCUAGGCUUGGGUUCAGAAAGCUUUUUAUAGGUCAAUUAAUCAGAGAUUUUAAAGACUUAAGCCAAUCAGACAUUUCUUAUACUUCUUGCCAAUAUCAGAUGGAGAGUCCAGCCGAGAAAGAUGAAGAUGAUCCUGGGGUCAGGGUGGGCAUGUGGAGAAGCUAGUAUUGUACCUCUGUUGAGCCAUGUCUGCUUCUCUUGUUUCAUCUCCACUGUCUCUGACUGGUACUUGUAUAUGGAAGCACUUAGGGACCCGAGAGAUGACCCCUUGGGCCAGGGAACAUCUAGACAGGAAAAGGGCAGUCAUAGACAUGCCCGUCCUGUUGCUGGGGAAACUGAUUGUUACAGAGAUUCCAAGACUACCAACACUGUCUGUAUACAUGGAGUUCUCAACCUGGUGACUAGAGAUGAGUGAUGCCAGGCAAGGAUUUCCUGGAGCAGGGAUGUGGGAAAGAUAGUCCCUUAUACUCAUAGGUCACUUUUCACUCAUCAAGUGAAUUCAGAUUCUCUCUUGUACCUCUUGACAUCCCUGGGAGGAAGAUCAGGGACAAGCUGAACUGUACCAGACGAGAAACUGAGGCCCAGAAGGUCAACUGUCAAUUAGUCUCUACAUAGGAAGAGAGAAAGAUGGAAGGAGGUGGGACUCAGAAUAGUCCAUCUUUCUUUCUUAGGAGCAGCUGUGGUUACAAGGCAAAUGGAGAAACUAUUAAACUGAAAAUUUGAAAAAGUUGAA